AUGCUGCAGUCUCGGUAUCUCUGCGCCAAGGGCCGCACCGUAGAUCGGCCUUCUCCUUGUGCCUCACUUUCCGAUUCUCCUGGAGACGCGCAAGGGAAGCAAGACAACUACGACCAAGCGAGCAAAAUGCUCUUCCGCAUGACAAGCAGCAUCGUCAAAACCACCGUGGACCACCCGACGGCGCUGAACACGCUCUCGAAAUCGCUGUCAGCGAGCCUGGCCGCGAGUAUUCAGCCCCACCAGCAGCACCGGCCAGCCCAGAAACCCAAGGACAGUCGCGUGCAGGAGCCCACCCGGUCCGUCCCCACCAAGAGACCAACGCGCCCUUGA